GAGAGAGGGGGCUGAUGAAGGGGAUAGUCAAGCGGUGGCGCUGGCGGCAGCCAUCUUAGAACCAUCUCCGUGGUUGCGAGUACAUCAUAUGGUUUUUUAUUUUAAAUUUCAUAUUGAGUAAUACUUUUAAAAUAUCAUUAAGGGUGCCCGCUGUUCUCUUUGGGCUGAAAUAACGGCAUGCAUUUCCGAAGGUCCAAACCCCCCGCAUCUGUAGUGGGAUUAGUCCUUGCACUGAUUUGUGCGGUGGAUGCUGCGAAAGUUAACAAGCAUAAGCCCUGGAUUGAGACCACGUACCAUGGCAUCGUAACGGAGAAUGACGAUAAGGUUCUCCUGGAUCCUCCGCUGAUAGUGCUGGAUAAGGACGCCCCUCUCCGUUACGCGGAGAGUUUUGAGGUGACCGUCACCAAGGAAGGCGAGAUCUGCGGCUUCAGGGUCCACGGGCAGGACGUGCCCUUUGAGGUGGUGCUGGUGAAUCGCUCCACGGGCGAGGGGACGAUCCGGGCUAAGGAGAAGCUGGACUGUGAGCUGCAGAAGGAGCACACGUUCACCAUCCAGGCCUACGACUGUGGGGAGGGCCCCGAUGGCUCCAACAUUAAGAAGUCGCACAAGGCCACGGUGCACAUCCAGGUGAACGACGUGAAUGAAUACUCACCGGCUUUCAAAGAGAAGUCCUACAAGGCCACGGUGAUCGAGGGCAAGACGUACGACAACAUCCUGAAGGUGGAGGCUGUGGAUGCUGACUGCUCCUUCCAGUUCAGUCAGAUCUGCAGCUAUGAGAUCAUCACCCCAGACGUGCCCUUCACCAUCGACAAGGAUGGCUACAUCAAGAACACAGAGAAGCUGAACUACAGCAAAGAGCAGGCCUACAAACUGAUGGUGACGGCGUACGACUGCGGGAAGAGCCGCGCCUCCGAGGACGUCCUGGUCAAGAUCAACAUCAAACCCACCUGCAAGCCAGGCUGGCAGGGACUGAGCAAGAGGAUGGAAUACGAGCCUGGCACUGGAAGCCUGGCCCUAUUUCCCAGCAUGCACCUGGAGAUUUGCGAGGAGCCAAUCACAUCCAUCCAGGCCAAGGUGGAGCUGGAGACCAACCAUAUUGGGAAGGGCUGUGACCGGGACACCUACUCUGAGAAGUCUCUGCACAGGCUCUGUGGGGCCGGGCCGGGAACGGCAGAGCUACUCCCAGCGCCCAGCAGCGCCUCCCACUGGACUGCCGGUCUGCCCACGGACAACGGCCACGACAGCGACCAGGUGUUCGAGUUUAAUGGCACCCAGGCAGUAAAGGUGCCUGACGGCUUGGUGGGCCCCAGUCAGGGUCAGCCCUUUACUAUCUCUGUGUGGAUGCGACACGGGCCCGGGGCCCGGGACAAGGAGACCAUCCUGUGCAACUCUGACAAGACCGAGAUGAACAGGCAUCACUACUCGCUGUACGUGCACAACUGCCGCCUGGUGUUCCUGCUUCGCCAGGAGCCUGCCGAGCCCGAGAGCUACAAGCCAGCCGAGUUCCACUGGAAGCUGGACCAGGUGUGCGACAAAGAGUGGCACCACUACGUAUUGAAUGUGGAGUCCCCGUCAGCCACACUGUACGUGGAUGGUGUCACCUACGAGCCCUUCCUCGUCACUGAGGACUACCCCCUCCAUUCUGCCAAGAUCGAAACGCAGCUCACCAUAGGCGCCUGCUGGCAAGACGACUCGGGACAUGACAGUGACAAUGAGACAGACCCUGACACUCUGACAGGGGGCAGCAUGCGGAUGUCACAGUUCUUCCAUGGCAGCCUGGCUGGGCUCAUGAUCCGCAGUGGGAAGCUAGAGAAUAAGAAGGUGAUCGACUGUCUGUACACGUGCAAGGAGGGCCUGGAUGUGCAGCUGCCUGAGGAGGUGGCUGCGUCAGUGAAGGUUCAGUUCAGCCCCAACCAGUCCUCCAUGACACUAGAGGGCGACGACAUCGAGAGCUUCGACAAAGUCAUGCAGCACAUAUCCUACCUUAACUCGCGCCAGUUCCCCACGCCUGGAAUUCGCAACCUCCGCAUCUCCACUACUGUCAAGUGCUUCAACGAGGAGCCGUGCGUGACUGUGCCCGACGCGGAGGGCCAUGUGAUGGUGCUGCAGCCCGACGAGCCCAAGAUCAGCCUCAGUGGAAUUGACCACUUUGCCCGCAGUGCCGCCGAGUUCGAGGCGCCCGAGGGCGUGGGCCUCUUCCCCGAGCUGCGUAUCGUUAGCACCAUCACCCGCGAGGUGGAGCCGGAAGCCGAGGGCGAAGACGACCCCACCGUGCAAGAGUCUGUGGUGUCAGAGGAGAUCAUGCACAACCUGGAUACCUGCGAGGUGGCAGCGGUGGGCCAGGAGCUGGAUGCCAACCACGAGAGCCUGCAGCUGGACCUGGAGCAGGUGCAGCAGCGUGGUCUGGAGAUGAGCUCCUCCAAUCUGGGCAUGAUCAUCACAGGUGUGAACACCAUGGCGAACUACGAGCAGGUUCUGCACCUGAUCCACUACAGGAACUGGCACACGGAGGCGCUGUUUGAUAGGAAGUUCAGGCUGGUCUGCUCCGAGCUCAAUGGCCGCUACAUCAGCAAUAACUUCAAGGUGGAGGUGAACGUGAUCCACACGACCAACCCCAUGGAGCACAUCAACAAUGCCAUGGUCCAGCCACAGUUCAUCAACCCUGUGCAACAUUCCUCAGUUGAUCUGUCCGGUCACAACCUGGUCAACACCCACCAGGCCUCAGUGGUCCCCAGUGCUGCCACCAUUGUCAUUGUGGUGUGCGUGAGCUUUCUAGUCUUCAUGAUCGUCCUGGGCGUCUUCCGCAUCCGGGCCGCCCACCAACGCAGCCUGCGAGACCAGGAGAACGGCAAGGAGAGCGAGAUGGACUGGGACGACUCUGCCCUCACCAUCACGGUCAACCCGAUGGAGACAUAUGAGGAUCAGCACAGCAGCGAGGAAGAGGAGGAAGAGGAGGAGGAGAGUGAGGAUGGCGACGAGGAUGAUAUCACUAGCGCGGAGUCGGAGAGCAGCGAGGAUGAGGAGGAUGUGGGACCUGAGGAGCAGCAGGCAGCCAGCCGGCAGCAGCAGCUGGAGUGGGACGACUCCACACUCACCUACUGAGCCGCGCACGCGCACGCACACGCGCGGACACGCGCACGCACACACCUAUUCACACAUAACACACACACAGAUACACGCACACAGAAUCAGUGGUCCAGCUCAACCUUCUACAGUUGCCCUGCUAAGGACACAUUGUGUACAAAAAAUGACAAAUCAGUCAUCAUAGGUAUGUAAAUGUUUAAAAACGGUGUUUUUGGAAGGCAGAAACACUGCUUCCAUUUACCUUCUACACGCUGAAGUUUUUCUGUCAUCUUAGCUGUUGUGCGGGGUGUUUGUAGUACAGUAACGGCGCGAUCGCCACUCCCCAUUUUAUUUAUUGUUUUAAUCUCUGGGAGCCCUGGCUUUGAUUUGAUUUUAUUUUAGGCUAGGCUGUGAAAUCCUGCCUGCUCUGUUUCCGCUGUAAGACUUAUGCAGAAUGGCGUUCUUUGUAUAUAUUCCUUGCACAUGAAUUUCGGAUUGUUUUGCAGAAGAACCACAAAAGACAAUGUUACGUGUCAUCUCAUGCUAGGGGAGGGGAAGCGGUAGGGACGGGAAUUAUAAGCAGGGGGACGCGACUCCUCAAAUGCAGAUGGCGGCUUGGUUUCCAUACUUAAUUUUAUUCUAUUUUUUAAAUGCAUGAGAACAGUUGCAAAUCCGAUACGUGUAGGGGAAGGAAUUACUUUUUAAUAUUUUGUAAAUACAUUGAAACCAUGUAAGUAGUUCAUGUGUUAGUGAAGACUGUGACUUCGGGUCCAAUAUAUGAUAAGACAAAGUAGAAUAUUUGUGUCCUUACGGCUCUCGCAUGUUCCGGCAUUUUGGCCAAAUUCUUCUGUCUUGCUUGUGUAAAAAUGUCUGCUUUGAGGAGAGAAACCCAUGAGUAAAAGCAGAGGUUUCUACGGCAAUAGGUGGUUUAGUUUUAUAUCUCAUUUGGCGAGGAGGAUGUUAAAUAUGAUAUUUUUGGGUGGGAGGGUUGAAGAGGCGAAGGUGGGGCUGUUCGGCAGUUUUUGGGAUACACACGCUAUAAUUGCUUGGAUUUUACAAGAAUUUCGACACUGAAAGGGUGACGCGCAGGCGACGGCGCCCGGCGUGUUUGCGGAAAGCGCGCUGUAUAGUUUUAGCACCGUGGCGCUGUUCUAUAGUCGUAGAUGGUAGUUUAUUGCCGUACUGCAUAGGUAACCCAUUAUAGUCUUAUAGAACCUCAGCCGCUUCCUACAGUAGCCCAUCAUUCCAUUCACUCAUCAUGUUGUAAAUUUUGUCAGAAGAGAAGAAGAAAAAACCAAAUGAAUACAAUCAAAAUAAAGUUGUCGGAGUGGCGCCCCCUGAUGGCGGGGGGUGGUUUUGGCAGAAGUUUAAGGUAGAAUAGCACAGAAUCGCCUUUCACUGGGUAAGAGUAGGCGUGCAAGCUGAACGUUACCAGCAACUUUGCUGCAAAAAAAGAAGAAAAAAAACAAUCAAUAUUGUCUUCUUACUGGAAGACGAAAGGGGGACGUAUAAGGUUUGUGUUUUAGUGUCAGCAGCAAUUUUGCAUCUUUUGUGUUUUGGACUUUGUGUUUUUUAAUAAAAGGAAUUAUAUUCGGUAAAUACGACAGAAAAAUGAAUCUUAUUAGCCAGUCUUCUAAUGAGAACAACAUAUUUUUUUGCAGUAAACAACAGAUGUUAUUGUACUUGGAAGUGUCCUCUAGAGGUGAUGCAGUUGUUUACAUUUGGUAAACUUGUUUUCCUCUCGGUAAUGAUACAAAUGGUGUAUAUGAAGAGGACAGUUUCCCAAUCCUUCGUUCAGCACGUCGUUUCCCUCCGUCAGUAAUCACUGUGGUGAUCCAGUGUACCGGGAAGCAGGAUGGAUUAUUGUUCUGCAGGUUACGGUGUGAUCCAAUCUUUUUGGGGGUUGUAAUGAAAAUUCAAAAGGACGUUUGUUUUAGUGUUUUCUCCCUUUCCCAAUGAAGACUUGGAACCAGGCAAAGGGUGUCGUACACUAUAGAUGGAAGCGUUUAACACGCUGGGAUCGUUCCAGCGGGAUCCUACGAGGAAAUGAACUAAGUGGCAUACUGGUUUUUAUGCUCUGAGUUUCUCCAGUGCAACCAGCCCCAAAGCGGAAAAUGCCGAUCUGGAUCUAGCAAAUUUAACAAGAAAUGAAAGUAUGUCGAAUGUGACUUAAAAUCCGCAGUUUAACGCACAGUUUACACGUUAUUGUUUUUAAAAGUGGCGUGAAGAUAAAUUAUGUGAAUGAUUUCCUUGGAUUUUGAGCCGGAGCCACUGAACAGACCGGACUCCUGGCAGCUCAGUAACUCUGCUAAUAAAAUCCUCUCUAUGCGAUCUCAUUAGUGACCGUUGUCUGGUUCUUAUCUCUCUUUUAGUAGUAACAUUCAGCAUUUUUAGCAAUUUGGGGCAGUGAUUUUAAUUUCCCCUUUGUUGUAAUAAUUCUAAUGACUGACGUUUUAAUUGUCCUACAUAAAUGUCUUGUGUUCAUGUUGGUGCGUAGACAACCUGUGUAUUUUUCCAUAUGGUAUCAUCUUAUGUAGUUAGAAUAAUUCAUGCAACAAAAUCUAGUGAAAGUGUACUUUAGUAAAACGUCACAUGCCGCUGCUGUGAUUGAGUCUACAAUGUAUGUGGCGACAGCUGAGUUUGAACAAUUCACGUUAAACAGGUUAUUCUGGGUGUUACUUGUAGGUGUUCGCUUUAUUUCCUUUAGCUUCAGAGGUAGAGGUGCGCAUGACGGAAAUCUUAAGAACGCUCCUUCCCCACAAAACAUGUCGCACAGCUUCUUUGCAAAUUUGAUAAUCCGGCUGGGUUUACCUCUAAACAACUUGCGUUUGUCAUCUGCAUCCGUGAGUUUGACUACGGGAUCCUUUCAUGAUAUUUAAACCAUUAUACCACGUUUGCCUCUCAAAAAUAAAAGAAAACUUUGGUGAUGGAUUCGUUGUCGCCAAGGUAAUGGUUUUCCGUAAAAGGAAGAUCUGGCUGACAACACGGAAUAAAAAAGGAAAUCUUUUGAUUUGGUGAUUUUUAAAUAUAUUCCCAUUUCGAAAAUCAUUCAAAGGCUAAUUUUCACUGUAUAAAACUACCGUUUAUUGGGGCCGCCGCAGCGAGUCACUAUUGUCAGGGCACUUACGUGUCGCGUGCGUAAAACGCGUGACAAGAGUUUAGGGGAUCGGGGCGGCGACUGCAGUCUGGUGAUUUUCACGCUUCAUGCAUCGUGGCGGCCUGCUGUCGCACCACUCCGACGUUUUUUGUUGUCCGCCGUUUUCGUUAUUAUUGAUUUUUUUUCCUCUGAAAGUCAACGGGAAAGGAUGUGUGGAGGACUGUCGGAAGCUGCCUUUGUGCUUGUUAGGGCAGAACUCAAUUUUCUACCAAUCAAAGUCAAGUUAUAGUGAAGUUGAUGCUUGCUGUUGAACAAAAUAAAGGAUGAGGAGAUACGUUUAA